CCAAGAAGAACAAAAUUUCUCCUAUCACCGCCACCACCACCUUUAUUUCUCACCCCUCCCCCUUCCGUGCUUCCCCUCUCCUCUGCUUUGCUUUGCUUCUUCCUCAGGCCGCAGAGUUGGGAGGCCGGCCCUAGAGGAAGUCAAGUAUGUCAUAGCAGGGGAGGAGGGUCUACAGUACUGCUAGUUUUACAGAGGAAAACUCAAAUCAAGCGCCAAUGCACACAGCAAGAGAGGAAGAACCGAAAGGCAUUCCUCAGUAGAGCUGAGCUCUCAGAGCGGGGAAGCCUUGCUUGGCAGGACCUCAGUGGCUGGAGAUUUAAGUUCAGCUGUUAACUUCUUUGAUUUCUUGGAUCUGUGAAGUGGAGCAGCAGAAAAGGUCAACAUGGCCAUGCCAGAAAAGUCAAGUUGUGUCAAACCAUCUGAGGAAUGCAGCAAUUUUCCUGAGAUAAUUGAACUCAAUGUAGGUGGCCAGGUAUACAUAACUCGCUAUCCUACUCUCAUCAGUAUUCCUGGUUCCCGGCUCUGGGAAAUGUUCAGUGUAAAGAACCCUUGCUCACUGAUCCAGGACAACAAAGGGAGAUUCUUCAUAGAUCGAGAUGGGUUUCUCUUUCGUUAUGUCCUAGACUACAUGAGAGACCUGCAAGUAGUGCUUCCUGACCACUUUCCAGAGUGUGGCCGGCUCCAUAGAGAAGCAGAAUACUUUAAGUUGCCAGAACUGGCCAAGAUGUUGGCUGUUAAAAUGAACAAGCUCAACUCAGUUGGCAAUGAUUCAUGUCAAAUUGAUCUAGAAGAGCUUUCACCCGGCAUUGACACCACAUUUAAUUUCUCUUCAACUAAUACUAUCCAUAUUAGUGGCCCUGAUAAUUCCGUAGUUCUGACAGCUGCCACUGGUUCUGAGCUCAAGAAGGCUGGCUUCAUCACUAUUGGCUACCGAGGCUCCUAUACUCUGGGCAGGGAUAGUCAAACAGAUGCCAAAUUCCGCCGUGUGGCCAGAAUCAUGGUGUGUGGUAAGAUCUCAUUAGCCAAAGAAGUGUUUGGAGACACCCUGAAUGAGAGCAGAGACCCAGACCGCCCUCCUGAGCGAUAUACUUCUCGAUACUACCUCAAAUUCAAUUUUCUGGAACAAGCCUUCGACAAACUAGCUGAUGCUGGCUUUCACAUGGUAGCAUGCAACUCCACUGGCACCUGCACUGUCACACAUGACCAAACAGAUGACAGGAUCUGGACCUCUUACACUGAGUAUGUUUUCUAUCGUGAGUGAUACUUAAAUCAUCCAGGAAAUACAAACCCCUCAAACCGUCUCCUUCCUUUUUUUCCAUGCCAAUUGUAUCCCGUAGGAAUAGACACUCUAAUCACUCCAGGCUCUUGAGUGGUCUGUAUAAUCUUGGACAAUGCACUUCUCUCAUCAUAAACACUUGAACCUUCAUUGGUUUUCUUCUUACACACCACUCCAAUCUAUCUGUCUACCAGUCUUCUCUGGACUGUGGAGUGGAUGCCAUUUAAUGGAAGGUGUGCAUCAGUAUAGGCAGUAGAGGCAUAUUUCUGGAGUGAAUACAAUGAAAUAUAACCACUGUAUUAAAAGCGUUGAGAAAUACUAACCCAUGCCUUCCAAGCUGUUUCUUAGUAAUACACAUUGAACUUGACUAUGUACCUUGCUAUUUGUAUUCACCUAGAUAAACAAGCAACAGAUUAGAGUAGGAAGCAUGCAUGUGCUUUGCAGACAUUUUACCAUGCUGAGUGGGAGGACUUGACAACAGUCCCCUAGGAGGUUCAUAGAAAGGUCGACCAAUCCCAAAAGUACUAAGGACUUUUGACAGGAGCUAGGCAAACAAUUGUAUGACUAUUUCUAAGAAUUAAAGGCUUAGCAUUUAAUUUACUUGCACAUGAAGAAGAUAGUAAGGAGGUGUAUCAUAGCUCUUACUUCUGCCGUAAGCAGCGGUGCCAUUUUUUAAAAAAAACUGUCCUAAAGUAUCUUUCAUUAGAAUCAAAUGUAAGCAUAUACAAGGAAGAGAAUGAUGGGCAAAAAUUUACUUUGUGUAAGUAUAUGCAUGUAUUAAUUAGUUGACUUUUCACUAGUCAGAUAAUUGGCUGUACAUAGCAAUUGUUAACUUGCUUAUGUUUUGUCAGAG